AUGGCUCCUCUUAACGAAGCCCACAAAACCCGCAUCAUCUCCCACAUGAACGAAGACCACUACCGGGAGUUGGAGCACUACCUACGCGCCUUCAACGGAUUAUCCGCUUCCGCUUCUCGUGGGGCUCAACUAACGGACAUGACAACGGACGUCAUGACCAUCCGUACCGCAUCCGGCAUCACCCACUCCGUCGCCAUCAAACCGCCUCUAACCUCUGCCGCCGACGCGCGCGUGCGUCUUGUCGACAUGGCCAUGGAAGCGUUGCAGAAGCUCGGCCUCAGCGAUAUCCGGAUCACCAGCAUUACGCGGCCGCAGGGUAUCGGCGCCGCGACAUUCUUAGCUGUCGCUCUGUACAUAGUAUGCGUAGCCACGUUACCUCUAGUACAGCCAGGUACUACAGCCUGGACGCUUCUGGACGCGUACUUUCCUUUCGGGGGCGUAGCACGAUACAUCUGGGUAGUGCGCGCCAUCCUCGCCCCGACCGUAGUACUGCACUUGUUCGAAGCCUGGUGGAUGACGCGGUCGCGGCUAUACAAGCAUGGCGUUGAGACAUUUAGUACGCUGUGGCUCUUGUGGAUUGGGGAUGUCCUGAUGGAGGGGUAUCCGGCCAUGGUUCGUUUUGACGGGCUGGUGGAGGCGGAGCAGAAGAAGAAGGAAAGCGGGAAGCAUUAA